CUGCCGCCCUCGCGCAGACCGCAGGCGAAGGCCGGGAACGCGCCGCCCUGGCCGAGGCGGGGGUCGGGGCGCGGCCCCUGGCGCCGGAGGACGAGGAGGACGAGGAGGAGGCGCUGCCGCACUCGGAGGCGGUGGACGUGUUCCAGGAGGGUCUCGCCAUGGUGGUGCAGGACCCGCUGCUCUGCGAUCUCCCCAUCCAGGUGACUUUGGAAGAGGUCAAUUCCCAGAUAGCACUAGAAUAUGGACAGGCAAUGACGGUGCGUGUGUGCAAGACGGAUGGAGAAGUCAUGCCGGUGGUCGUGGUGCAGAAUGCCACAGUGCUGGACCUGAAGAAGGCCAUCCAGAGACAUGUGCAGCUCAAGCAGGAGCGGGAAGGCGGCAGUCAGCACAUCAGCUGGUCCUAUGUGUGGAGGACAUACCACCUGACGUCUGCAGGGGAGAAGCUCACAGAGGACAGGAAGAAGCUCCGAGAUUAUGGUAUCCGGAACCGGGAUGAAGUCUCCUUCAUGAAGAAGCUGAGGCAAAAAUGAACAGCCAGACAAGGAUGGCUCUAUUUGCUAGUGGUUGAGUCCUAGAGUCACUGCCCAUUUUCAUGGAAAGGCAGGUUGAGGUGGCCUCACCCCCAGGUGGGCUCUGUUUCUCCCCUUUCCUCCAGCUGGAACUGUUGGCAGGAGCCCUGGGCCUCCUGGGACUGGCUCGUUCCUCUCCUGCUCAGGUCGGCCUGAGACUGACACCCACCCUGGCCCAAACAUCCUGAGCAAGUGGUGGAGCCGAAGGAGCUGUGGGUCUGGCUCUGUUUACAAAAUAAAUCUGCUUUUCAGUUUGAA